UGUGUAUCUCUGUCUCAAUCUCAAUCUCUCAAUCUCUCGCUCUCAUUCCCGUUCUCUCUAUGGCUCAAUCUCUCUCGUUGCUUGUCUUGUCUUAUCUAUACUUUUCUUUUCUUCCCUCCCUCCCUCUCAUUCUUUCUCCAAUCCUUAUUACUCCACUUUGUUUGCUUUGGAGGUGUUCUUAGUCCUGAAUUGCGAUUUCACAGGUACUGAUGUUCAUGUUUGGGCUUCGUCAGUGCCGUUGCCGUUUUCGUUAGCGCAGUAACAGAGCUGAAUUUAGAGCCGACUGAGUGGCUAGGGGAGAGUAGAGGAGAGGAGAGUAGAGGAGACGAGACGAGACUCUGCCGCCAUGUCGAGCUCGCGGGAUUGUGUGGAGUUUGAGGUGAAUGGUGAAGCGGUGGUGGUGGAGCACCCGGAUCCGAAUUCGUCAUUAGGGGAGUAUUUGAGAUACGGGAAGGGGCUCUCGGGGCUUCAGCUGCCGUGUAAGCAAGGAGGAUGCGGAUCUUGCACGGUGGUUCUAGAAGGUCCCGAUUCCAUGUGUGGAGGGGUUCCUGUCAGUUCGUGCUUGGUUCCUCUGUGCUCCGUGGAUGGGAAGAAGGUGACCACCGUGGAAGGGGUGGGCAACGUGAAGGAGGGGUUGCAUCCUGUUCAAUCCGCCAUUGUCGAUCACCAUGGAACGCAAUGUGGAUUUUGUACACCAGGAUUUGUAAUGAGCAUGUAUGGUUUACUCAAGAGCAAUCCAGAGCCCACAGCUCAGCAAGUGGAGGACCAGCUUGAUGGCAAUCUUUGCAGAUGCACAGGCUAUCGUCCUAUUUUCGACGGGUUUCAAACUUUUGCGAAGAGGACCACCGACAACAUUCAUUGUAGCAAAGCUGUCAAUUGCACUGCAGCUGCAUGUCAGGAAGAUAUUGAAGAACUAGGCAAGAGCACGUCUUGCAUGAAGAAGCCAAGGACGUUGGUCUUCUCGAAGGAAGGUGUUACAUGGGCGAGAUUGACCUCUCUUCAGGAGUUAUAUGGCCUUCUUCAUGGUGCGAAAAAUAGAGGAGACAAAGUGCGGGUGGUGAGAGGAAAUACUUCAACCGGCGUCUACAAGCCACCUUCUGCAGAUUUUAUUGCAGAUAUUUCUGAGAUCCCUGAUUUGAAAAAAGUGUCUGUUGAUGAAAACGGCAUUACUCUUGGAGGUGCUGUAACCAUAACGGAUUUUAUGGACCUUCUAGAUUUACACAAAGAUCUCUCCCCAAGUUACGCGCCUCUUCAUAAACAUCUCAAACGAGUGGCUCACGACCAAGUACGUAAUGUAGGCAGUGUUGCUGGAAAUCUGGUAAUGGCGCAUGGGCAUGGAGAUUUCGUAUCAGAUGUAGCUGCCAUUCUAAUGACAGCAAAGGCAAAGAUCAAAGUGGGUUCUGCAUAUAACAAUGGACAAGAGCGUAUUCUAAGCUUAGAGGAGUUUUAUAAGAUAUCCUUGGACGGCCUAGUGAUUUUAGAUAUAGUGAUUCCUGUUCUUGGUAAAAAUGCUCGUGUAUCAACAUAUAAAAUUGCUCUACGAAGAGUAAAUGCUCACGCUUUGAUGAAUGCUGGAUUCAAUAUGGAAGUGGACACAGUGAAAGGUAUCAUUGAAGGCAAUCCAGUAAUUGUUUAUGGUGGAGUGCGCAAGAAUCCGCAACGUGCAAGAAACACCGAGGAUUUUCUGAAGGGCAAGUCUAUUUAUGAUGAGAAGGUUUGCGGAAUGGCGUUGGAUAUCCUAAGGGAGGAACUGAUACUGGAUCAUGCUUUUGGACGAACCGAAUACCGCUCUACUUUGUUGGGUGCAUUUUUGUAUAAGGCGCUUUUGUCUCUGUUACCUGAAGAUGCAGUUCCAGCUUCUUUGCGUUCUUCAAUCAUGGAGUACGAGCGACCCAUUUCUACUGGUGAGGUUAACUUUGAUAAGGGUGAUCCAGCAGAGUACCCUGUGUCACUACCAAUUCCAAAGUUAUCGGCCUCCCUCCAGGUCACUGGAGAAGCGCAGUACAUGGAUGAUAUGGUCGUAGGUGGCGGAUUGUUUGCAACGUACGUUACUUCGGAUGUUGCCAAUGCUGUUAUAAAGUCAAUUGAUCCUUCCGAAGCUCUUUCAAAACGGGGUGUACUCACGUUCAUUUCCGCUGCUACUGUGAAAGACGACGGAUAUUGUAACUUAGUGAGUGAGUACGAGGAACUUUUUUCCACUGAACGGGUGCUUUACUUUGGUCAACCUCUUGGUCUCAUUGUAGCAGAUUCAAAGAGGGUUGCAGAUGAAGCAGCCAAGCUUGUGAAGGUCGAUUACGCUGGUAUCCAGAAGCCCAUACUAACCAUAGAUGAUGCGAUUGCGAAGAACUCCUUUUAUCUAGACCGUGGAGUUGACUGGCAGCAUGGUGAUACGAAGCGAGGAUUUCAGAUGGCAGACACUGUUAUUGAAGGACAAGUGAACACUGGACACCAGUAUCACCAUCACCUUGAAACACAACGAACUCUAUGCAUUCCUGGAGAGGAUAGCACCAUGGAUGUCUUUUCAUCUACACAGGACCCAGCUCAGGUCCAGCAUUGUGUGGCGGUUGCCCUCAAUCAACCCCAGCACAAAAUCACUGUAAAUGUCAAAAGAAUUGGAGGUGCGUAUGGAGCAAAGCUUAAUCGCUCAGCAAGUCAUGCCAUGGCAUGUUCUAUUGCUGCUGCUAAGCUCAAGAGGCCCGUUCGCCUUGUUCUUGAUAUGGCUACUAAUAUGCAGAGUGUUGGAGCACGGAGUCCCUAUAGAUGUGAUUACAAGAUUGGCGUUAACAAAAAUGGGCGCAUUGAGUCUUUGGAUUUGAAGAUAGUGAAUAAUCAUGGCUCUCAUUUUGACUUUGAAUACCCAGACAUGUAUAUGAUAGCAUCUUUCAUUGACAACACUUAUAAUAUUCCGCACUGGAAUAUCAAGGGAAAUGUUGCUCGCACCAAUCUUCCUGGAUGUACAUACAUGCGUGGCCCUGUGUUUGUUGAGACUGUUUUCAUGAUCGAGACGAUGGUGGAGCAUGUGGCAUCUGCACUUCAAAUCCCAGCGGAUAUUGUACGUGAGACUAAUAUGUAUAAACCUGGGGACAUCACACCUUGCGGGCAGAAGCUCGAUUACUGCAACGCCAGAGAAGUAUUCAGUACUCUCAAGAAAUCAAGCAACUACGAAAGCCGUCUAAAAAGCAUAAAGAAUUUCAACUCUGCCAAUCAUUUCAUCAAAAGGGGUAUUUCAAUAGUACCCGUAAAAUUUAAUGCAUCUUGGGAAGCUCAACAGCAAAUUGCUCUUGUGAAUGUUUAUCCCGACGGUAGUGUUGGCAUUCAUACUUCAGGCUGUGAAAUGGGGCAGGGGCUCGAUGUCAAAGUUGCCCAGGUUGCGGCCAUGACUUUGGGAAGUUUGGUAAAAGAUGGUUUGGAUUUAACCAGCAUACGGGUGAAUAGUGUUACAACGAUUGUGGCGAAUAACUGUUCGGAAUCCGGAGGCUCAGUUACCUCAGAACUUGCUGCAAUGGCUGUGCAGCGGGCAUGCGAGAGAAUUGUCUCCCGGUUACAAUCCACAAGCAAGAUGCUUACAACUUCAAAAGGGAAACCAGGAUGGGGGGAUCUCAUCCAAUCAGGAGUAGAUAAUGGUGUUGAUCUUCAAGCUCGUGGGCGUGUCAAUCCUGCAGCUAGCAAAUGCGGUCCAUAUCAAUAUGUAUCUUUUGGGGCGGGUGUUUCCGAAGUGGAAGUGGACGUUUUGACAGGGGACACUCGAGUUUUGAGGGUUGAUAUUCUAUUAGAUUGUGGAAAGAGCUUGAAUCCUGCAGUUGACAUUGGACAGAUUCAAGGAGCUUUCAUCCAAGGACUUGGGUAUUACUUGUCUGAGGAAUACCGAUACAAUACCGAUAAUGGCAAGCUUGUUACGGAUAGUACUUGGGAAUACAAGAUUCCAUCUUCUAAGGACAUCCCUCACGACUUCCGUGCUGCCUUGUUGCCCAACAGCAGUAAUCCAUCAGGCUUCCUGCGAUCAAAGUUUUCUGGAGAACCUCCUUACGGCCUUGCGUGCAGUGUCAUUUUUGCAGUACGUCAAGCAGUGGCAUCUGCGAAAGAGCAAUGGGGUGAUAACUCAUGGUGCUCCUUAAGUGCCCCGGCUACUGUUGAGAAGGUGGCUCUUGCUGCUAGUGUGCCGAUCUCUGCCCUUAAAAUUCACAAGAUCAGGUCCUAAAAUAGAUUUGUAUCAUAAUGUUGAUGGCAUUAUGAAUCGGAUCUUAAAUCGAAGGGUGUUAAUUAUCUAUCAGUUGAUUACUUAUACUUGUUUAAUACUGGCAAAAUAUCUGCAAGGAUAAUACUCUGUGAAAUAGUAGUUGGCGAACAAUAAUGUUGAACACUGUAUAGUUGUGAACAUAUUGAACUGUAGCAUUUAAGUCGAAAUGCUUUUAUGAUUCACGUUAUGGUUUGGUGAAAAUGAGUAAAAUAAACCAUUUAUCUAC